AUGGCUUUUCAAGAGGUGAUUGGCCUAAAACUGUCAUGUUCGUAAGUUGUGGUGGGUCAUUAAUCAUGUGAUUCAUUGAAGCGAUAUACCUUUGGAGUGCGGCUUAGGAACUCAAGUGAAAGUGUUAAUCAUUAACGAAGGAGCGCAGCGAUUCACCCAGGUGAAAAAGUCAGAUGACGUCAAGUUUCUUGAGUUUAUACCUAUUUUCCUCUUUUUCUGUUCGUUUCCGUUGAUUUGCGUUCGCUUUCCUUUCUUUCCUGAUCCCCAAUUCAAAUUAUUCGUUUUGAGGUGGGACAAACAGAGUUACGGACCGGGAAGAGCCCCGCCUUCGAGGAACUAGUUUCGGUAGUCUUCUCCUUGGAGCUGAAUCAGCGUCUGAAGUUUUGUUUGUAGGUUUUGAAUUAGAUUUUAAGUUUUUAUUUGUUUUUUUGGCGCAAACAAUGAUUAAUAAUGUUUUUGCAGUUUUCAAGGGUACUUUUGAAAGUUAUUUAUUGUUUUAGAAAAGGUAUAAAAACAUGUUGAAAUCAAGUUUUUUAUAAAAGGUAUUUAUUGGUUUAGUCAGAAAUGAAAUUCUUAUGUUGCACGGUGCAACCCUGUAGCCAUUUCUUGGAGUUUUUGAGCAUUCGAUAAAAGUUUAGUUACUUUGUGUAUUUUAGGUAUCAGGGCGAGAAAGAAGUCGGAGGCGUCGAAACUGGCUUCAGGGAUUUGGUAAUGAGUUCAGGUCAACUGUAUUUACCGCUCGAUUCAGCAGAUGGCAAUUGGGAAGCGGAUGACAGUCCUUUACUGGGUAUUAAUGUAACAGAGUCAGAGCAAGUCAUCAAUGGCACUGUGAUCCAGUUGAGAGCAAACCAUCUUAACGUAGAUGAAGUCAUAAACCCAGCUCCAUACUUUGUUUUGAAUAGGAUACAGAGCUCGAUAGACAGCUUUCCAGUAGGUUGCCCACGUUUUCAACAUUCAGAAUUUAGACAUUGCUGUACAGAAGUGAAUUAGUACCAAACUCCACUCAUCCCAAAUGGAACCAGUUUACCGUGCCAACUUCUGCGUUGACGACGAUAAAGCCUUCCAUACUGGAAAUAGCUGUAUAUCAUUUCAUACACAACAAGGCGGAAGACUACUUGGUCGGGAAGUUUACAAUUACAUUUUUCCAACUUUUGAACGGAUCUCUUGGCAAUAAAUUUAUGGUGAGUUUUUUUCUUCGGCUGGUAUCAGUAAUAUCAGAAAAUAAUCGUUUUGAUAUAAUUAAAGACUUUUAUGUUAUUACCUAAAAGUGAAUCAUUAUCAAUUUUCAGCUACAUGGCUCUAAUGGUAAAAAGAAAGAAAAUGUUUACGUUGAAGUGGUACAGUUUGGAAGUGUACCUAAAAUACCCACUUUUAUUAGCGCAAUUCGUAUUGGGUAAGUACUGUUUCACGUCUACUUUAAUAUUGUUAAUUAAAGCGUUUAUUUUAAAAUAUUUUUAGUCUCAAAUUGCAUUUCUCAAUGGCUAUCGACUUUACGGCCAACAAUGGCGGCCAAAAUGAUCCUCAAUCUCUUCAUUUUGUGCAUCCUCAUCAUCACAACAUGUACAGUCAGGCGAUACACGAAGUUGGGGUAGAAAUAUGCAAAAUUGACAAGUAGGUAACCUAAUAUUAUAAAAUUCACAGAAUAAAUGAAAUUCUUGUUUAAAAUGGUUCUAAAAAUAUCCUUUUUCAGGUUACAACGAAUCUCGGUGUUUGGAUUCGGAGCUAAAGUUCCUCCCAAGUUUGAAUACAGCCCAUUAUUUCCUCUAACCGGUGACAUGAACAACACGAUUAUACGUGGCUUGGACAAUGUAAUGACAGGCUAUCGCCGUGCAGUAAUGUCAGUAUUACCGUAUGCCCCUACAGAGUACGUCUCUCCCAUACAUCACAUAGUCAAGAUGGCCAAGGCCGCCGUCAAAACGGGUACCAGCUUAUACUUCGUACUGGUUAUCUUCACGAAUGGAGCUCUCAAGAAUCACAAGGAGUCGAUGGAUGUGAUUGUGAACUCUUCCCACCUCCCUAUAUCGAUAGUAUUCGUGGCUAUAGGUAAUGAGCAUCACCCAAUAGGUCAAGGAGAUCAUUCCAAGAUAACACGACUCAUCGAUCCGACAGCCAAAUCGACCGAGAACGUGCCGUUGAAACGACAGAACGUGGUCUACACGGAAUUCAAACAAGGAAAGGCGUUUGCGAGGGAGAGCUUGAAGGAAGUGAAUCUACAGGGGACACAGUGGCUGUUGACAAAGUAA